AUGGACACCAAUCUCAAGGACUUCCCCUUCUUGGACCGCGAGGAAUUCUCAGGAGCCUGCCAUCACCUCGACAGGCAGUACUGCCAGGCAACUCUGGGUCCGCUGCGGAGGCGGUGGAAGCUCAGGCUCUGCACCGCCUUGGACACUGUUUUCGACGUCGACGGCGGCUACACGACAUACAUCCAGGUCACGCGCCCUCUCGAGCCGACCGUGGAUCACGGCAAUCUUUCACUUGACAUGGGCAGAAUCUCGAUCUCUCAAGACGCCACGGUCAAGGCAGACCAGGACAUGAUGGAUGCCGAAGAGCUCGAUUCAGCGGCAAUCAUCAAACAUGCGCCCGGCCGUGAUGAGGAGCACGUCGCCUAUGAGAUUCACCUCCAUCCCACCUAUAGGGUCCCGUGUCUGUGGUUCACCCUCCACAAUCUCCCGGCGGAUGAGCCCGCCUUCAGCAUUGACACAGUCUUUCGCCGUUUGGUGCCCGACGAGUACAAGGAUGGGCUGCGAGGUCUAGGCGGCAUCGGCGGCAUCUCUGCGGACCAUCAUCCAGUCACGGGGGUCCCAGCCUUCUUCGUCCAUCCCUGCUUGGUCGGGGACGCUCUCUCGCGCUUCGAAUGCUCCCGAGAGAACUAUCUCAUCAUCUGGCUCGGGCUUGUCGGGGGUUGCGUUGGCCUCUGGGUGCCCAAAGAAAUGGUCGUACAAUGA